UUCAAUUAAAUCAAGAAAUCUAAAAAUUGUUUUCUUCUAUUUCUUUUACCGAUUUGUCCUUGGAAACCUAAUUAUACCCUGCAAAAACCUCCCAAAACCCUUGCAUUCAUAUUUUCUGUUUCAUUUAUUCAGCCAUAGCAUUGUAGUCUAUCAGGAUAUCUACUGGCUGCGAGUUUACUUGGAUUUCGUAGAAGAUGGCGGACACCGUUCAGUAUAAGCUGGAGCGCAUGAUUCCAGAGCUGGAUGAUUUAGAGAAAAGAGGCCUGUUUAACAAGACAGAGAUUAAAGAAGUUGUGAGGAGAAGAAGGGACUUUGAGUACCAAUUGAAGCGACCAUGCCCUCUUAAGGAAGACUAUCUUCGUUAUAUUGAAUAUGAAAAGCAGCUCGAAGCUUUACGGAAUCUGAGAAAAAAGGAGGUAGUCAGAGGUUUGAAAGAAAACAAUAAAAAGUGGCAUUUUUCUCUCUGUGAUAAGGCUAGUGCAAGAAGGAUUCUAGAUAUUUAUCGCAGGCUUCUUACAAGAAACAAGGGAGAUUUGAGGCUUUGGUUCGAGUAUGCCGAGUUUUGCAGAGAACACAGAAACAACAACAUGAAAAAGGUUCUGGGAAAAGCACUUAACUAUCAUCCGAAUGUUCCUGGACUUUGGAUAUAUGCUGCAGCUUGGGAGUUUGAACGCAAUCUGAACGUAAAUGCUGCACGGGCUCUUAUGCUGAGUGGCAUACGUGCAUGCCCCAAGUCAGAAAUCCUUUGGUUGGAGUACUUUCGCAUGGAACUCAUCUUUGUUAACAAAUUGAGAGCCCGCAAAAUAGCACUUGGACUUGAUAAAGUUUCUUCUUUGCGUGAUGCUGAAGACAAGGAAGAGUGGAAAAAAGAAAACAGUGACUUGUUCAUGUCCCUAAAUGAAGAAAAGCCUGAUGAUGGAGAAAUUUUGGAAACAGAGAGUAAGGAGUCAGAAUUGAAUGCAGACGUGCUUGCAAUUAGGGAGUUAGGUUUCAAGAUGGCUUAUGUUAUUUUUAAUAAGGCAGUUGACGCGAUUCCAUCCAGUCUUAGAUUUCGUCAACAAUUUGUUGAAAUGUUAGAUCAUCUUGAUGUUGAAAAAGCAAAUGCCUUAGAAGAUGAGAUGUGCAGAAGCAUGCAGAAAGAUUUUGCAAAUGAUGAAAGUUGUUGGGACUGGUUAGCAAGGCGACAUAUUUCAAGAUGCCAGCGGAAGAAACACACAAAUAAAGACAAGGUUGUUGCUGCAUUGAAUAACUCGAUUCAGGUUUAUGAAGAUGCUCUCAACACUCUUACAUCGUCAAAAAUGUUUGGCUACUAUACUAAAUUUUUGCAGAACCUUAUAGACCUUGAUAAAUCUGAAGUUCUGGAAAGUUUGGCGCUUUUCAGGAGUUUUGUGUCUAAUGCAGAGGAAAUUGCAAUGAAUUUAAUUAAUCUUUAUGAAAGGGCAGAAUGCUUAGGAUGUCUAGAUGAAGAUCUUGCAGAGGAGCAUAUUUGUUUUCUCUUGAAGGUGGGAGAUGUUGAUGCAGCAAGACAAUUAGCAGCAAAAUUUUGUACAGGUGCUUUUUCAAAGGUAGCAAAAAUAUGGAAUUUAAGAAUGUCAUUGGAAAUAAAAUCAGCAAUGAUGAACUCAACAACAGUGUGCAAGCCUGAUUUGCAAUCUCUAUUUGAACUCUAUAAACAUGUUUUAUUGACGAUACCUGUUUCUGAGGCUCAUCACUUAUGGCACACGGCAAUGGAAUUUUUUUCGAGCCAAAGCGAUUAUUUGGACCAGAUUUUGAACAUGCUUGCGAAGGUAUUUUCUGGUGGUGGUGGGGGAUAUGCAGGAGCUUCCCUUGCAUCCGCAGCUUUGGAUUGGGUUCUUCAAAAUCAGGGAUUAAGUUGUGCUAGAGAAAUGUACAAGAACCUCUUGGCAUUGCCAGGUCCCAGCAUCAAGUUUUUCAAACAUUGUAUUGCACUUGAGUCGCAACUUGCAGCAGUUGGUUGUGAAGAAGCUCGUCAAAAUAUUUGUAAACUGUAUGAUUCUGCUUUGAAGAUCUAUGAUCAGAACAUAGAAUUAUGGUUGGAUUAUUGCUCUGAAGAGCUGAAGGCCGGACAAUCUAAUCCAGGCAGUUCAGUUUAUUGGCGUGCAAGAAAGACGAUCAAGGACACUGCAGCAUUUAUUGAGGCUUAUCAGUCAUUGAAGAGUUGAGUUAUCUGUAAGGCUUUUGCAUCUUGCAUUACCAAAGUUCCACAACUUUUUCUUGAAUCUCCAUUUUAAAUGAUGCCGAGGAGAUUGUUGGUGCAUAACAUUUCAGUUGCUGGCAAUUGCCAGCAUAAAUUCAUUACCUGUGUCGAAUAUCAAUACUCCAUUUGCUAUUUUUAUGGUAGUCUGGAGUUUCAGAAUUUUUGGACAUGAAAUGUCAAGUAAAGAAGCUUUUCAAUAUUUUUGGGCACAGGCAAGUGCGUGUUAUACCAAGUCGUGUCCAGAGGGUUCAUAUUAUGUCCUUGAUAUGGUUUUACUAUUCAGAUUUCUUCUUCCUUAGGUCAGUAACUGGGAAAUGUGCUGCAGAUGGAGACAGCCACAAAUGGCAUCGACACAUGCAAUUCGGUUCAAUGUAUAGGAAAGCUUGUUUUGUAUGUUCUAAUUUUCUUUUUAAUCUUGUUUCAGUUGAAUCA